UGCUUUUUGGGGUUGAAUAAGUUCAAUUUCAAAUCCACUACCUCUAACAUCAUCUCAUUAGGUCGAAUAACUUUUAAAAGAGAUUUCACAUUUCUUUGCCGUCCGAUCAUCAAAACACGCCGGAUAAAGUGAUGAAUUCGAUUCCGAAUUAUCUCAUUUACGAGAUACUCUCAAGACUGUCAGCAAAAUCAGUUGCGAGGUGUCCUUGCGUGUCGAAGGAAUGGAGAUCCAUCCUUGCCCGUCAAGAUUUCACCGAACUGUUUCUAACAAGAUCCAAAGCUCGUCCACGUCUCUUAAUUGGUGUACGACAACAAGACGGUGAUCAGUGUUCCUUUUACACAACCCCUCAGCCUCAGGAUCCAUAUGAGAAGCCGUCUCUUGUAGUAACCGCGGAUUUUCAUAUCAAGUUGUCUAAAGGCAUAAGCCAAUACAAUUGUAGCUAUGCCUCUGGUUUGAUCUAUUAUAGCAUCCGAAGCAAGGAUGAGGAUGAAAAGCGUGUGAUUUGUAACCCCCUCACAGGACAGUAUGUGAUCUUACCUGAACUUAGAGUAGGUCAUUCGUAUAGCUAUACAAUGUUUAGCUAUUUAAUGUUUGAUCCGAUAGACAAGGAAUUCAAGGUAUUGUUCAUGAACCUUAAUCGUUAUACAGCUUAUAAUUAUGUAGAUCAUUAUAUUUUGACACUGGGAAGUGGGAAAUUGAGGUGGAGGAAGAUCCAAUGUCCUUUUACCCAUGAGCUUUUUGAGGGAAGGAUAUGCAUUAAUGGAGUUUUGUAUUACUCAGCUGAACAUUCUGAUUCUGAUGGAAGAAGGUCUUGUGUGUUAGUUUGCUUUGAUGUUAGGUCCGAGAAAUUCAAGUUCAUAGGCGCAAGAAACUGUCAUUAUCAGCUGAUAAACUAUAAGGGAAAAUUAUGUGAGAUUAAUGUGGAGUAUGCUUAUGAUGGUAGAUUUCCCCCCAAGUUGAGUAUGUGGGUUCUAGAGGAUGUCGAGAAACCGGAAUGGUCGAAAUAUGUGUACUCUUUGGAUGUUGAGAGUAAAGUUGCCAGCUAUCUUUACGUUUCUGGGAUGACUGCUACCGGUGACAUUGUUUUGUUGAUGGAUAACACAUCUAACCCUUUUUAUGUCUUCUACUUCAAUCCGGAAAGGAAAACUCUUCAAAUUGUUGAAAUCCUAGGCAUUGGAAGUAAUCGUGUUUGCACCUUUGUAGACUAUGUAGAGGAUCUUAGUGUUAACGUUGCACUGCAAAACAAGUCAAGCCCUUUACAAGAACGCCGAAAUAUCGUUACGGAGAAGCUUAAAACACAACAACGCCGGCAUACAUCUCAUGACCUCUGCAAGUUUGCCCCGUCUGUGAAGAACAAGCAGCAUAACAAGUAUGAAUCAUUAGCUAACAUGCUCUAUCGCUCUGCUGGCUUAGCUAUUUUAUUUUUUGUUUUAUUUGGUUUCUUUUUCGUUUUUUUUAGUUAUAUCAUUAGGUUGUAGCUAUUUUAGUCACAUAUGGACAUUCGUGAAAACGCCUAAUUAUACGUAAAUCUUUGUCU